UUUAGUUUCAGUCUACAGGUCACAGUCAGUCGGUUGCUCUCCGGGUGUUUCUCCCUCCGGUGUCGGUCAGGAUGGUUCGGACCGCGGAGCUGCUGCUGCUGCUCGGACUCUCCGGCGUCCUGCGGGCCCAGCUCCCUCCUCCUACAGUUGUCAUCAACCUGGACCUGGAUCCGGAGCUGCGAUGGUUGCCUCUCAAGACAGUCUUCGACGUAGACUACCUGGGCAGAGCCGCGGCACAAAUCAUCGAAUCAAUAGUUCCAAAAUGGGUGCAUCACGCAAUGACCCCCGUUGUGGCAUCCCUGGAAAAAUACAUCCCCCUGCCGUAUGCUGGGGAAAUCCGCGGCCUGGCCUCUGUCCUGGGAGGAAACCUGUCUGACGCCGUCAUCCUGAACUUUGCCUAUGAGUUCUCUGCAUUUUGCACCAGCAUCGUGGCACAAGAUAAAAAUGGGAACGUGUACCACGGGAGGAAUCUGGACUAUCCACAUCCUGUUCUCAGGAAUAUGACUGUGAAUUUAGUUUUCCAGAAGAACGGAAAGGUGGCGUACGUCGGAACGUCAUUUGCCGGUUAUGUCGGCUUGUGGACAGGAAUGAGUCCCGGCAAGUUCACCGUGUCUGGUGACCAGCGAGGAACCGAGCACUGGUGGAACUGGUGGAAGAACGUCGUGUCUGCCGUCCUGUUCCACAGCUCGCCUGUCAGCUGGCUUGUGAGAGAGACCCUGGAGGAGGCCGAGGACUUUGAGGACGCAGUCAUGCGUCUGUCGAAAACCCCCCUAAUCACCGGGGUGUAUUACAUUGUGGGCGGGGCGCGAGCAGGCGAGGGGGUCGUCAUCACCAGAGAUCGAAAGGGCCCCGCUGAUAUCUGGCCCCUGGACCCCCUACAGGGAGGAUGGUACAGGGUGGAGACGAACUUUGACCACUGGCUUCCUGCUCCUGCUAAAGACCAUCGAAGGGAAGCAGCAAACAAGGCACUAAAUGCUACCGGUCAAGAUCACAUCAGUAUGGACAAACUUUACCAGGUUUUGUCGCUGCAUCCCAUCUGUAACAUAAUUACAGUUUAUACCACAGUUAUGAGUGCUGCCUCCCCUGGGAAUUACACCACAUUCAUCAGACCAGAGGGCUGCCUGCAGACCGACUGAGCCGGCUGUGAAGGACCCAAAGACUGCUUGUGCUGAGCGUUGCAACGUCACAACGUGAUCACAUGGAGCUACACAGCAGGAAGUCCCACUUCUUAUUUUAAAUUUUUAUUAUAUUUUUACAAUGAAACCGCCUUUAAUGAGAGAACUUUUAUCACCGUUGCCUUAUCCAGUCAGCUUGCGGUAUGUUCAUCUUUGAAGUUCGAGCUGGUUGAAAGCUGAAUGUAACAUUUUGACCUUUUUAACCAACUCAACAGACUGGAUUCAGCAUACACUCACACCCAGCUUGCCUGUUUGAUAUUGAGCUCAUUUGUGUUGUUUUAACCUGAUCUCCCUGGAAAAGAAAAGAAAAAACUUGUUCUGAAACUAAAAUUUGCUUUUAGGAAUCAGAGCCAUAAAGAUAAGGAUUAUUUCUGCUUUUCUAACCAGACAUUCUGUGUGUUUGGGCAAGAGGCAGGGUGCAGGUCGCCAGUCCGUCACAGGAUGCGCACACUCACACAUGAGGGUAACUUAGAGGAAUCCGGAGAACACGGAAGAGAACCCACGCAUGCACGUGGAGAACAUGGAAUCUCCACGCAUGAAGACCUCAGGCUGGGAUUCGAACCCAGCACCUUCUUCCUGCAAGGCAGCAGUGUUACCGACUGCACCAACUGUAAAAAAAAUGACAUGAAUGUUGUAAAAGAUUUAUGGGGAUGUCUUUGGAUAUGUAGAUAUAUUUUUAUGCACUUACAAGAAAGCUUUUAGUCAUAAUAUCAAAUGUUUUAUAGAGAAAUUGGAAAUAUUGAAUGAUUACCACGAUGUUGGAUCAGGUCAUGAUGGACAUCGGUGUGUUUGGAAACAAAGGAGACUUGCUGUUGAUGGAUUAAAACCUUGCUCUGCUCACUGCC